CUCUUUCUCCUCCGCGUCGCAGAGCAGAGCGCACCGUCCAAGAACCCGCGAGCUCGCCAUGGCCAUGGCUUCCACCGCCGUCUCCUCCGCCCUACCCCUCUUCCACGUCCGCACCGCCUCCUACGUCCCCACGGCGGUGCGGUUCCCCAGCCGCGGCGGCCGCCGCCACCACUCCGUCGCCUGCAACUCCACGGCAUCCCCCAAGGUGCUCGAGCUCGGGGACGCCAUCGCGGGGCUCACCCUGGAGGAGGCACGGGGCCUCGUGGACCACCUCCAGGAGCGUCUCGGCGUGUCUGCGGCCGCGUUCUCCCCCGCCGCGGUGGUCGCCGCGCCAGGCGCCGCCGGCGCCGCGGGCGGCGGCGAGGACGCGGCGGCGGCCGCCGAGAAGACGGAGUUCGACGUGGUGAUCGAGGAGGUGCCGAGCAGCGCCCGCAUCGCGACCAUCAAGGUGGUGCGCGCGCUGACGAGCCUGGCGCUGAAGGAGGCCAAGGACCUCAUCGAGGGGCUCCCCAAGAAGGUCAAGGAGGCCGUGAGCAAGGACGAAGCCGAGGACGCCAAGAAGCAGCUCGAGGAGGUCGGCGCCAAGGUGUCAAUCGCCUAGCCGGCCUGACACACAAUCACACGAACUAGAUACUAGGAUUCCCAAAUUUUUCUUCCUCAUUUUUGGUUUUACACCUCAAUCGAGAGACAUUUGUAUCAUCUUUGUGUUCGCCACAAGAAUAUAAUCACAUCUCGGUUUAUACA